UAUAUACAGAUUGAUGUUCGGGAGGUUUAUAUGUUAUGAGGAAGUGUAGGUCACAUCGUGUGUAGAAAAUGUGUUAAUGAUUGGAGCACUUGAAAUCUGGUCGAUGAUACUAGGGAAUUCUUUAGUGUAAUAGAGUAAUUUAUUUAAAAAAGAAUUCACAUCCUUGUUUACGGGUGUUGAUUGCAUAUAAAACGUCAAGAUUAGAGAACAUAUUAUUUCUAUUUCAAUCUACUAAUGAAUGGUGGCUAAAGGGCAAUUUGUUUUCUAGUUUAAUGAGGAAUUCGAGCGAGUUUGCACCUUCUUUGUCGUCAAUGGAAAGACAAUUGUUUCUGUGGAUUUUAUCCACUGCUUCUAUGAUCUGGCUCGUGGCUACAGAGAACAAACUAUGUAUAGAUGGGAUGAGGUAUCAUGCACGUACUCACUCGUGUAUGAUUGUAAUCAAUGAAAAGAAAUCAUAUCACCACGCUGAACACUCUUGUAAGGUCACGUACACAGGAGGACACCUGGUUUACAUUUUUGAUAACGAAACGGAUAUAUUUGUAAGAGAGUUAUUAACAAAUGAUAUGAUUGCCUUUAUUGGUCUGAAGUUUAAAAGUGGCGCAUAUAGAUGGGGCGACCUAAAAUUGGAAGUUACUUAUUUUGGAUGGAAAAAAAAAGGCAUUGAAUUCGGAAAGAGUCUACGCUGCCGUAACACGCACAGGAUGGACUGAGGUCUCUCAUUCAUCCUACUUUGUUUGUCAACAGACAUGCGGUACUGCAAGAUUAUGUGACGGCAGUGUUUCUUCAUUUCCUGUUUCGUCUCGAAAUCAAGAAAUUACCAUAAAACUCUGCGUUUUUAUUUCCAGUAGCCCUAGAAUAUUAUGGCUAAAGAAAGCUUUUGGCGAUUUUGGUUACAUCAACAGCGGACUCUACAAUUGGAAUUUCAGAUACACAAAUUACCAACAUACCCAAGUGGAGAUCCAACUAACGAUUUUCCGGAACCAUCGAUUGCAAGUUGGAAAAUAUAACUUAGUAGUAGACGAAUCAGCGUGCUAUGACCUGGCGUUUGAAAUAAAAGGUCCACCAGAAUGUCCGAGUAGUUUCAAAGCGGAAGCUUUAAACCACAGUUCCGUCCAAUUGACAUGGAGGCCCGGAAAUGAUGGAGGGACAAAACAAAUGUUUAUUGUGAUGGUGAAGAAAAUGUCUAGAGAUUUAGUGAUGGCGAGAGUAGAUGACAGACGUGAUGGUCAAAUGAUGCACAUCCUCAGUAACUUAUCCGAAGCCACUAAAUACACUUUCUAUAUCAACGCUUACAACACUCAAGCGCUCACUAGAUGUCAACAUAUCAACUCCAGUGUUGUCACUAAAGAGAGAGAUACUUUUCUGCUGAACGACAAACCACUUGUAAAUAAAACUCAAACAUUUAAGGAAGGCGAAAACAUGAUUAUCAAAUGUCAGGUUUCUGAUGACCCAGUGUACAGCAUGGAGUUAUCUCACGACAGCGGCCAAAAACGUGUCACGUUGAUAAAGAAGGACAAUGCUAGCAUCUUAAGUUACGAAAGUUUGGUACAAUGUAACAGUUCUGGGCUCUAUGUCUGUAAAGUAACCAGCAGGUCAGAGGUCUUUACGAUGCAAGGAUAUAUUAAAUCAGAAUGUGAUGCAGAAUAUUGCAACGAAAACACACAAAAUCAGACUCCAAGUUUUGAGCUCUUGUACCGAAAUGAAACUUGUACAGUCAUAUUGUGUUUAUGGAUAUACCCUCAGCCUUCUUCUUUUCGUUUGUACAAAGCUAAUGAAGAGAUAGCGACUUCCAACUACUACAUCACUUUCAAUUACCUGACCUCCUACACCACGAAAGGUCAUUUGACCUUAACACUUUUUCAAUGCUACAACUUUACACCUGGACCAUAUCACAUCACUUUAUACUAUACCAAGCAGAGGAGCUCGAACAUUGAGUUUGAUUUGACAGUGGAUAGACUGAAGAAGGUAGAGAGUCAUAAUAACACGAGCCUUGUUAGCUAUAUUAUAAUUGUGGCUUCCGUCAAUGUUACAAUCAUCAGCGUUAUAGUUGCAGUGAUUGUCAUUAAACUGAAAAGGAAUUCAUUAAAACAAGAAUUUCCCAUGACUACAGACAACAUUUACAACAAUGUUAGUGGAGGUGUAGAGAUAUCCGCCGACCAACGACCCAGCCACUUUGGAAGGUGGUCAAUCAGGGCGUCGGUCAUUUCCGAUGAAGGACUGAAGGCUAGUCCAUCAAUUUCUCACGCAGCGAACAUCGCAGAAUUGACCCCCAGAACAGAUGCAGAGGACGAAGCAUCAGAUUCACGCAUGACUGGUGAAGCGGAACAAACGUAUGCUAAUGUGACGUUUAUAACCGAUGGCCGGCGACGAGAACAAGUUCAUACUACGGACCCUGACCAAGGCGGCAGGAUGAAUGCGCAAGAAAAAAGUCGAAUGUCCAGCGCAGGAAAUAAAAAACGAACCAUGACUUCACAUUCUGACAGGCAAAGAACAAGCAAUUAUGAUGUUGGGCAUACACUUCGCCCAGAAGGUGAUGGGCGUACACUUCGCCCAGAAGGUGAUGGGCGUACACUUGGCUCAGAAGGUGAUGGGCGUACACUUGGCUCAGAAGGUGAUGGGCGUACACUUGGCUCAGAAGUUGAUGGGCGUACACUUGGCUCAGAAAGUGAUGGGCGUACACUUGGCUCAGAAGGUGAUGGGCGUACACUUGGCUCAGAAGGUGAUGGGCGUACACUUGGCUCAGAAGGUGAUGGGCGUACACUUGGCUCAGAAGGUGAUGGGCGUACACUUGGCUCAGAAAGUGAUGGGCGUACACUUGGCUCAGAAAGUGAUGGGCGUACACUUGGCUCAGAAGGUGAUGGGCGUACACUUCGCCCAGAAGGUGAUGGGCGUACACUUGGCUCAGAAGGUGAUGGGCGUACACUUGGCUCAGAAGGUGAUGGGCGUACACUUGGCUCUGAAGGUGAUGGGCGUACACUUGGCUCAAAAGGUGAUUGGAGAAGCUUAGAAAGUGAAGGGCGCAAAUUAAGUCCAGACAAUAUUCGCACCUCAAUGAUUCGAAAACAGGAUUCAGAAUAUAAAGGGUAUAAAUUUGCUUCAGAAAAUGACGACCAAACAAUUGAUUCGGGCUACAAAUGGCAUACAUUUGCUUCAGAAGAUGAAGGGCAGACAGUUGACUCAGAUGAUAAAGGGCAAACAGUUCAUCCAGAUGACGAAGGCCGGACAGCUACAUCAAGAGAUAAAGGGCAUACAGUUGAUUUUAAAAACAAAGAUCUUACAGUUAAUUUAAAGGACGAAAGUCUUACAGUUAUAUCUGAUUCUACAAAUGAUGGGCGUACAAUAAGCCCAGAAGGGCUUGUGUAUGUCAGUGUUAUAAUAAACCCCGACACUAAGAAACCGGAAGUAACUGCAACUCGACACAGCAAAGCUCCUUACGAAUCAGUCGAAUACGCGAGCAUUAAUUAUUCGGCAACUCUUGAAGCGAAAGUUGACGAUGAAAAGGAAUAAAAGACUUGCCGUUAUUGGAUGUUUAUUUAUAGUUUGGGAUAUUUCCGAUUUUACUGUUGACGUACUUUAUCUUGUGAUGUAACUUGAAAGCUUAAGUUUGUGUUCAAUGUAUAUCUGAUUGGGGACAAACUUUUUCCUAAUACUGAUUUUCUUGAUUACAUUUUUUUUUUAGUUUGGUUACUGAUUAUCUCUCUUAGUAAAGUAGCAACUAUACAUAAAACACUGAACCAUAAUCUUCAAAUACAAAAACAAACUUUAAUAAAAUACUCUGAAAGACACAAAGAUAAAGGCACAUUCCUCGUCCCAUAUGCUAGGACAAAUUUGUACAAACACUCCUUCUUCCCUAGUGCUAUUAGAGCAUGGAAUGGGUUGCCUGAGCUAGCCAGGAAAACCAGUGACUUGGCAGAAUUUAAGUCAUUGGUUAAUAUGCAUGACUAAAUGCAUGACGCGUAGGACGUAAUCAUCUUCUUUUUUGAAGUAACGUCUGUAUUAUAUAAGAUAAGAUAGUUUAGUCUCAGUCGAUUUCAAUAUAUAUAUAUAUAUAUAUAUAUUUCUUCUCUCUCUGUCUCUGUCUCUCUCUCUCUCUUUCUCUCUCUGUCUCUGUCUCUCUCUCUCUUUCUCUCUCUCUCUCAUCUUUAGGCACGUAAUGAAAUUGAUGUUUGCGAUGAGGAAAUGGCGGACGGAAAAAUCACGUUUUCGGCCUAUCGUCCUCUUAUCCUGUUUUUAUCUUUUUAAAAAUCUGCCAGAGCCCUUCUCUAAGAGGAAACUACUGAAGUAGCGUGUGAAGGCAAAUGUGAAUAAAAUGUCAUUUAUUUAUUAACUUUAAAGCAGUUAAUAUCAGAUCGUUAAUUUUAUAACUAGCAUGCAAAACAUAUGUCAAAUAAAUUAACAAUGAUUACGCAAAAAAAGGGAAAUCUUAUUGUCAUGACCUUCUAUGAAACCCCAAGAAUAGUGUCCCUUUUUUAAGUUAUUGAAUAUUGGGGAAAACUAUUUUUAGGAUUAAUUAUAAAUUUAGUUGUUUUUUUUAUAUAAAUAUUAUUAUUAUUGAAUUCACUAAAAAAAAUCAAUAAGGCUUGUUCUUUCUAAGUCUGACAAUGUUAGAAAUGUCAUGGAAUUUUACAGGAAUAUUGAAUUGCUGUCAUAUCUCUGUUGUCCUUCCAAUGUUGACAUUCUUUAUACUGAAGACAAUAUUGUAAUCAAUUUUUUUCCUUGUAACUCAAUUUUUAACAUCAGUAGCAGAUGUUUGAAAAUACAUUUAUAUUUUUUUAAAUUAAAUUUUCAGUCUAGAAGUGAAUCGCCAUUUCUUCAUAGAUCAUUGUUAGAUGAAUUGCAUAGACAUUGAUGUCUUUAAAAAGUAAUAAAUUUAUUAACAAACAAGAUAAUAAUAAGGCUUGUCCUCGAGUCCGAAGAUUAGUUAGGAAUGCAGUAUUUCCAGUGGCUGCGCAGCCCCAUCUGUGACCUACAUUCUUUGCCACAUCCAGGGCAAGCAUAACUAUUGUCCGCAGGUGGUCGAUUUAGAUUUUCUUUUCGCCGUCUGCGUUUGUCCUCGGCAGCAGAUUUUCUUUUGGUCUCAAAUAUGUAUCUGAGAUCGUAAAACCAUUUAAAACAGAUUCUCAAUAAUAGAGAAAAUGUUUCAUUCAAUGAAAGUGAAUUUCUUUCCUUGCCUACCAUGUUAAACAAUUUUUUUUUAGCCUGCUUUAAGUCAUCGCUAACCCAAGAAUCCACCUGUUUCUCACGAACAUUUCAAAAGUUGUACUAAAUAGAGAGGGUUUGUGUCUAGUGUUGUGAGCUAAUCUCAUCUGACUUCGAUUCUAUCUCAAUUAUUACUUCACAUUAACCACAGAGCCUUACAAGUUACAAAUGUACUUAAUAACGUCGUCCACUUGUAUGACAUGACACUUUAUUUAUCCAUGGGAAAUCUGUCCAGUCUUCAUAAACGUAUCUAUUUCUAACUAGUAUCUCAAAGAAAACGACUUUCAUACUAACGCCAUGUUGCUCUCUUGUUCGCCUAGUGUACUACGUCACUCGUCUGUCUGACUACGUCACUACUUUGUCUAACAAAACUAACAUACUCUCUAAUCUUGUACAUAACAAUAGUAGUUCAAGCGUGUUUAAAAUUUCUUGCUUUGGAUUUAUUUAAUCGCAGUUGUAAUAUUAUUCGUUGUUAUAUCGAUAACUGGCCAUAUAUUACUUGUGUGCUGUUUAUACCCUUUUGCGUAUUACAAAUGUAGUCACUAAUAUAGUGUAUUAAAAUAAUAAUGUUAUAAGUAAAGCGAAUGUGAAUGUAAAGAUAGUAUAAAUAGAGCUAUUAAAAUAGCUAAUCAACCUAAAUCCAUUUUUUGAUAAAACCAUUGGCUUGUUAGUUUAUAUAUAUUUAAAUCUAGAUCUAGCGUCUAGAUACUAUUAUAAGGGAUAUAGGUCUAUAUAUUAUCUGUCGUACUUGACAUAUGUUUUUAGUUUAAAUUGAGUUAUCUCUCUUGAGGGCUUAAAAAUCCAGUGUGGAAAUUUUAAAUUACAUUUAGAAAAAAACAAACAACAAACGAUCAAGUAAUUAUUUACCAAAAAUAACCCCUUCACUCCCCCCUGCCCCCCCCCCCACACCAUUCCUUUCACAACUAGUCCAGCCAGUGAUAGGAUCAUAGCGCUGUGAGAAAGCUAAAAGCUAAACAAAAAAAAUCAUUAAAAAUAUUUCUAAUCGCACAUAUUUAUUAUGCCUAGGUCAAUCAUACAUAUAACUACACGAGUGAUCCAAGCUACUUGAAACAAUUAUUGUUUGUUUGUUGUUUUUUUUUCAAUUUAUGAUUUUCUUUUUUUUUUUUUUUAUAUAGACAUACAUUACCCGCGGCCCGCGGGUCUUAAUUUGCGUAUCACUGUCGAUGUAGUCACUGGGGGUGUUUUGGAUACCAUUAAACGAAAAAGUAAUGCUAUAAGAAAGCGUAUGCGUGAAUUUAAAAAAUAGUAUGAAUGGGGCUAUCAGAUAGAUUUAUUGGUCUCUCUAUAUCAUUCUAACUUUUUUGGUGGAUGAAAGAAAGAAUUGUGUAGAUUUGCAAACAAUUAGCUUUAUCCAAGUUAGCCGCUGGUCAGUUCGAAACGCAGACUGCAAUAACGUAUUUUAAAAGCAACGGAACUAAUUGAAUUCGCCCUGAACAAAGUACAUUGCCAACGUACUGUUGCUACUACAUCCUUUACUGGUAGUCUUAAAUGGUUAAAAAGUAAAGUAAGUCAGAUGAAUGCAAUACAAGUUUGUUAAAAAGUUAUCCGGAGGAUCAAGGUGCUCUCGAAAUAUGAACGCAUUAAAAAAAAAGGAUUUAUUUGAUAGUGGUGUACCAUGUUAUUUGUCAAAAUAGGAGGAACCCUCGAGUGUUAUAAAGAGACAACUGUUGAGCUGUUCUGGGCAUAUUGUUAGACACGUCUCACUGUCUAAUCAUCAGUCACGAUGCAGAAGGUAUUAAAAUACAAAGAAAGCUAGAGAAACGACAUGCAAACAUUGAAAUGGCCCAUCUCUUGAUUUUUUUACAAAGAAUAUUUAUAUUCAGACCACAAUUAUUAAUUUAUUCGGUUAUCGUGGCACAUCUGCUCAUUUAGUACAAAAAUGAUAAGAAAAAGUAAAAAAAAAAUAAUUUCUCUCUCGGUGAGAUUUGAACCCACUACGUUAAGACUCCAAAAGCCAACACUCUACGUCAUUGCUACGUAGCUGAUAUCUAAAUUGUAAAAUUUAGGUUAUAAAAACAUUUCACUUUUAUUUUAUUUUCGAAAGAUAAAUCUACAAAGUGUAUUCUGAUUUAUUUCACAAAUAUUCCGUCAAUUUUGUACAAUUUAUAAAAAUCAAAACAAUUUAUAUCCUAUAAAACAGUAUUUAAAAGAGUAAAGGCAAUAUUUCAUAUUUUUAUAAUGUUAACCUUUACAAUGAUUAAUCUACUAAUAUUUAUGUAAAUCAAAAAUAGUCAGUUGGUUAAAAAAUGCUUUAAUUUUUACAGUUACGCUAGGAAGGCCAUAUAUACUGUCAGAGGGACGCUGGUGAUGUUUUAAAUUUCUAGAUGGAAAGCAGCAAGUCUCUGCUGACUACAUCUCUCAUAAUCGUUGAAAAAUCUCCAUUUAAGAAUGCUAUUCGCCAGAGUUUAAACUGGGAAAAGCCCAAAUACCCUUUGCAAGAUUUUGAUAGCUCCUUAAAUGAUUUAUAUGCCACUUGGAGCAUCCUUGUUCUGCUUGGCCGUUUUAGUGCAGAUGACUGUGAUAGUAUUAAAUCUGAAUUUAAACAAUCACACAUUUCCAUUUUAAUCACAAUUACUGUUGACUCCGAGUUCUUUAGUGUCAACUCUGAAAUACUUUAAAUACUUUUUUUUAGCCAAAUUGUGAACAAUAAAUUUUCUAAACUCUGGACAGUGAUGACAGAAAUGUAUAUCAUUUGUUUGGUAAUUUUAUUAUUUAACAUAAAUUAAUCAACUUUGACUAUUGUUAUUUUUUUUUUGGCGCGAAUUUUAUGUCCUGGAAUUUUAAAAUACUUCUUGUGGCGCGGUGGCUGAGUGAUAAGGCGCUUGGCUUCCGAACUCAGGAUCCUGAGUUCGAAUCCUAGUGAAGACUGAGCUUUUUAAUUUCGGGAUCUUUGGGCGCCUCUGAGUCCACCCAGCUCUACAUGGGUACCUGACAAUAGUUAGGGAAAAGUAAAUGCAGUUUGGUCGUUGUGCUGGCCACAUAACACCCUCGUUAACCGUAGGCCAUAGAAACAGAUGACCUUUACAUUAUUUGCCCUUUAGACUACAAGGUCUGAAAGGGGAAACCUUUUUUUUUUUCCUUUUUUUACUAUAAGUCAUUCUUGUCACAGGUUGUUAAAGAUGUACGGUUUAAAGGGACGAUUGGUGCAAUUAAUAAAUCCACUGGCGCGUAGUG